AUGGAAUUUCAGGAGCCAUUUUACAAAGACCUAGAGAUGGCCAAUACCUUAUCAGAUGAUGAGGAUGAUGAUUGGGGUGGGAGCUAUCACCACUCUAGCCUUGAAAAACCCCGUAAGUCAAGGUUUGCCAGUGUGUCACCUUGUAGCCCACAUGAUUCUUUAUAUCACAACACAGCCAAACAGUUGGGAAUUGAGGCAUUUGCUCCCUGCCUCCAUCCCAGCGACUUGUAUGUUUCCAGCACAGCUCAUGACAAGGCACCUGAAAGUUGUGCUCUUCAUGAAGAAUCCAUAGGAGACAGGGAGUAUCCAUCUCUGCAGCUGAGCUACGAAGAACUCAAAGAGGAGAAUUCCAUGCUCAGAAGGAAGAUCAAAAGUAUCCAGAGCUUCUCAGAAAGUCAGACACACAUGGUGAGAAACCUGGAGAGAAGACUGAGGGCCAGUGUGGUCAAAGAAAAGAAAGAGACUCAUAGUUUAGAAUCCAUUGUCCAGCAGGCAGAAUGGAAUCUGCAGGGGAUGACUCAGCGGGCCCUGAAAGCAGAAAGUAAGGCUGCAAAGCUGAAGCAGGAGGUGUCCCUUCUCCAGGUGGAGCUGGAGAGUUUCAAGGCAGAGAAUGACAUGCUGCGUGCAGGCCAGUCUGCCAGCCUGGGGGCAGUGCAACAAAAUGUAGAUGUUGCCUUGCAGAAUCUCCACGGGGUUAUAGCCAAUGCACACUUGUCAAUCAAACAGCUGGUCUCGGGAACGGAAAUGCUGCAUUUUGUGGCUGACCUCCUGAAAUCCAUAGACAAGAUUUCCGAAGUCAAAAAGGAAGAUGAUGGAUGA